AUGUCAAAUCGCUCCAAUAAACGCCGUCUGCCGUUUAACGAACCGUAUGACCAUUUCGACUGGUACCGGACUCCUCUGCCAGAUAAUGUGGUCGCAGUUUUUAGAAGACCAGUUCAAAAGUACGAUGAAAAUUUCAACUUGACCGAAUUCAUGCGUGAUACCAGUUAUGGCGAGCCGUUUCGUAUUCCUCCAUAUGUGGUCUGCAUAAGAAAAAUUCACAAACCGAUCCCAUGCCCGCGCGGAGAUGUGGUGGCUUUUGAGCACUGCAAAGGACGCCGAGACUACCUCAAUAACACAUUUUUCGGGCCACCCUCUUGUUCAGAAGGUGGGUUCAUUGAUUGGCAUGCGCUGGAAGGAAGUGGUCACUACGGUAAUAGAUAUCUGAUGCAACUCGCUGAAAAUCCACGCGACUACCACAAUAAUAUGGAUGGAUUUGAGUUCAACGCGACAACUCGUAUGAGAGGAGGCGGGCUACAAGCACCUGCUCCGCCAACAUCAGAGGUACCAAUUUACCAGGCAUCACAUGUAUCCCAUCACUCGACAGCUUCACACUCAACAUCAUCCCAUGGAAUGGAGACAGUGGGCGAGCAAGCAGUGAACGUCUUCAGUUCUCCAACCCAACCAGCCUGGGUACAGAGUCCCCAGACAGAAGCAAUACAACAAGGCUAUGUGAAUGUUUAUCACAAUGUGGCGGCUAAUGGUCAGAUGACGGGUGCAGUGGUUGUCCCUACCGGAAAUACAGUCGUGAAGGCGCCACCAUCGGAUGAACAAUGUGUCUGCGGUAAUGUUUACAAAUAA